UCCCUCAACGCUCUGUCACUUAUUUGCUCUCACCAUGUGGCUGCUUAUUUUUACAGGUCUCUUGACAGUCUCUGUUGGAGAAGAAACCAUUGCUAAUGUCGCCAAAAAGACAGUAUCAUCAUCGGCCAACAUCGAUGACAUUGUCCUGUUGGAAAUCGACAUCAAAGAUCCUGUUAAGAGAUCACCAGUUUCCGAUAGCUCCAUUUAUGAACCUUCAUCCAGCCAAUUUAUUAUUCGGCACGGUGAUGAUUCUAGAGAGCUGUCACCCGAAUAUUUAGCUGUUUUGCGACAAUUUACCGGAAGUGAACCGCAGCCGUACACAAGCUCGAAUAAUGUGGCUCAACGCAGGCCGCUUCCAGCUUAUGCCAAACAGCAACAGGCAUUGCAGCAGGCAUAUUAUAAUUACCGCAAACCUGCUGUAGUUCCUCCCAGACCAAGAGCUCAGUUGCAUCCUCAAGCAUUAACUCAAGGCGAAGGCGUAUCGCAACCUCAGACACACAUCGACGCGCAACAUCGUGCUGUAGCAUUGCAGCAGGCGCGCGGCCCGUCCGGAGCAUCUACGUACCAAGUACAGUCUUACACUCCACCAAAAUUAGGCACUUUCGAGCAGGAAUUGCUGCAAUUGGUAUCUGCUAAUCAGGCUCAAGAGUUUAACCUAAUUUCUGCACAACCUAAAGGAGACUAUUCACAACAAGGAUAUACUAAAUCGACGGCAACACCGGCAUCUCAGUUACCCGAACAAUAUCAUAUUGAGACUAGUCCACCCCCACGUUAUCCACCGCAGCAACGAGUUGCAACAACAUAUCAGUCGAUCGAACAACCAAUCCAGCUUCAGUAUCAAACAUCGCAGACGGCAGAUUACGCGACAAAGAAUAUUCAAGAUCAGCCUUUCAGACCGUCUCCGCAAUACGAUUAUGUAGAUGACGGUGCUCAGCUGAAACCCCAUCAAGCGCAUGUUCAGACUGAAGCCGAGGCGGAAGCUAGAGCUCAGGCCCACGCCGAGGCGCAAGCUUUAGCUUUUCAAAAGAUCGCCCAGGCGUCAUAUCGAAAACAUCACGAAGCCGCUCUGGAGCAGAUUAGAAUUGAUCACGAGAGAUACAAACAGCAAAGCGCCUUAGAACAGAUUCAACAAGGAGAUCACGUCAGCGAGGCCGGACAAGCUCAUAUCGAGGGUCGGCUGGAACCAAAGGAUCCAGAAGCCGCUUAUAAAGCUAAGUUGAAGGCACAAGCGGCUGCUGAAGCCGCCGAAGCCAGAAGACUCCAAACAGAUGCUGAAUACAAGGCUCAUGCUGAUGCCAUACGCCAAGUCGAAGCUCAGCAACAGGCUCAUGUGAGAGCUCAGGAGAAAGCCCAUCAUGAUGCUUUAAAUUUUGAGAGAAAUCAAUUGCGUGCCCAAGCUCAGGCGCAGGCGCUAGCACAGGCUCAAGCCGAAGCUUUGUAUAAAGUUUAUCAACAGUCGCGUGCUAAAGCUAACAAUGAGAUUCUAGCGGUUGCCAGAGCCCAGGCCGAGGCUAAGAAAGUAGAUCCCGAAGGCACGCCAGUCGUUCAAUAUCUUCUACCUACUACUCCUAAACUUCCAUCCCCCAAUAAUUAUUUUACCAAUGACGACGUAAACAAGUAUCAGGUUUCUGGCUCCACUUAUGCUCCUAGGUCGGUGACUAAACCAGAGUCUACUACUACGUCCACCAAUGGCGACUCUAGCAUUGAAGAACAAGUUUAUGUCCAACCUGUUAUCAAUCAACCUCGACAGGUACACAAACUGAAAGUUGCACCAACUCAAUCUUCUGUCUACAUUUCUCAAUCGGGUCUCUUGAAAAAAUCACCCGUUAAAUCUCUUACCAUCGAGGAGAUUAUCGAUCAAGAGCAACUAAACAAUCCUCAAGUUGUACGUAUACCUUCGUCUAAAGAUCAACAGCCUCUAAAUCAAGAAGAGUUGUCUGCCCUUAUUAAUGCCGGUUAUAGCGUUACUCCGAUACCUCAGACAGUUAAGUCGACGCAACAAAGCUACGUGCCGGAAAAUACUUCUUCUGCCGUAUAUUAUUUGAAGAAACAACGGCCAAUAGCUAGGUCCGAAUAUAUUGCGUAUGAGGAGGUCGUACAACGACCUCGAAGACCAACUAGGAAGAAUACAUCUGAUCUCAAACAGGAAAAUAUCAAUACUAGCGAAAAGGUUACUUACUUGGUGCCUUUGGAAUCCAGUUUUGGUACAAGGCAACCAUUACUCACGAGUAACGAGUAAUAGUCGCGUAAACUUUCUUUCAUUGUUAGACAGUAAUGGCAAACCAUUACAAAUUAUUUUCGCUGCUUUUUUCGAAAUUUAUUUGUUUGUGUCAUGUACUAUAAUCUUUGUCUUUUUGUCCAAAAUUAAAAAAAAAAUAACGAGUACAUACAUGAAAGUCAAAAAAAU